CGGCGAGCUCAUUCCCGGCACACAACAACAGCCAACAGGCAACAGCAAAGCGACCUCACCAGCGCACAAAGAUCACCUCAUCACAGCUUUCCAGUUCACCGGCCGUCGUCGCGAUGAAGCCCGGCACCGAGCCGGCCACCGGCGUCCCCGUCGGCGGCGCACCGGGCGCCCCCACCGCCUGGUCCUCCGGCCUCUUCGACUGCUUCGACGACUGCGGCCUCUGUUGCCUGACUUGCUGGUGCCCGUGCAUCACGUUCGGGAAGGUGGCGGAGAUCGUGGACCGGGGCGCGACGUCGUGUGGGACGAGCGGCGCGCUCUACGUGCUGCUGGCGUCGCUCACGGGGUGCCACUGGAUCUACUCCUGCACCUACCGCUCCAAGAUGCGCGCCCAGUACGCGCUCCCGGACGCGCCCUGCUGCGACUGCUGCGUGCACUACUGCUGCGAGCCCUGCGCGCUCGUCCAGGAGUACAAGGAGCUCAAGGCCCGCGGCUACGACCCCGAGAUCGGCUGGCACCUCAACCAAGAGCGCCGCAACGGCGGCGCCGGCGGCGUCAACCCGCCCGGCAUGCAGGAGAUGGGCCGCUGAUCGAACCCGGCUGCUCAUUGCCGUACGUGUGAAGGGAGGGUCGAUCGAGCAAGCGUUCUUUCGUGCUUGGUAAAUUGUUGCAUAGACUUGGUUAAGUUCGUACUCUUUGUCAAUAAAAUCACCCUUUGUCGGAAAAAAAUUCAUACUGUGAAUGGGUUAUGUACUUAUGUUGUAUGGUGAGUUGAUGAUGUGAUGUCAGGGCAAGAACGUGUGUACGUUUUUCUUCUUCUUUUUUCUUUUUGCGAUGGCAGAAAAAAAUGUCGCUCUGCAUUUCAUCCUUGUAUUUCUAUGGCUGGCCACCCGGUCGGCCUCUGGUUUUGAAUAAAAAAUCAUGUUUGCUAUUCCUUAUA